AUCUAAAUUUUUCCUUUCUUUUCCAUCUCCUUCGCAGGCCGACCGCUACUAGCCGCAUUUGCCGCUAGAAAAUGAAUCUCGGUCUAUGGGGAUGCUUGGUGCCCUGUGGACUGCAAUACUGGUGCGAGAGUAAAAGCGAUACAUGCAUUACGGAGAUGGGGGCGACGGCAUCAACUGAUUGUCCCGGUGCCGGAGGUCCCGGCGGGAUUCCGGGUCUGACGGGUGCUAUCACGACGGCAGCUGGUGCUACGACCACGACACCCCUCACGUCAACCGGUGGCCCUGGCGGUGUCGGAAUGGUUGGAGCGUACGGGCCCGUGGGUGGACCACCCGUGAUUGUACGGGAACGGCGGAAGAAGGUCACCGGAUUUGCCACACUGAAGAAGAAACUUAUCCGAAGGCGACGAUCGUCGAAGGCAUGCGACCAUGGCCGAGUGCUGCGGGAGUUCGUGUCCAGCUGGAGUCCGAUGGAGUUGUCGGCACUGUUGGAGGAGUACGAAUCAUUGGCAGCGCUGAAGGACCUUUCGGUUCAGGCUGAGCUGGCGCGGCCACCGGCAACCACGUUCAAACAAGAUCUCGCCAGUUUGUACGACUACAAACACUGCACCGACUGUGAUCUGGUGUUCCGGGGAACCGUCUUCCCGGUGCACCGUGCACUACUAUCCGCGCGUUGUCCGUACUUCCGGGACCUCCUUGCCGGUUGCCCGGGCUACGGUGCCCGGAUCUGUCUGGAACUACGCUCCUCGCCGGUGGACGUUCCGAUGUUUUCGUCACUGCUAAGAUAUCUGUAUACAGGAGAUUUAUGUACACACGAUCCGACCAUAGAUGUAAGUCUGCUACGUAGAUUAGGAGAAGAUUUCGGCACACCGAAUCCGCUAGAGAACGACCUGCGCUACCUGCUCGAAACCGGAGACUACGCAGAUGCCGCCAUAGUGUUCACCUCCGAGGGUGGCGACUACCAUCGGCCCGAUUCUGGCAGCUCGGAGUACGGUUUCCGACCGAAGCUAGAACUACCUUGCCAUAAGGCGAUCCUCAGUGCACGAUCACCAUUCUUCAAGAGCAUGAUCCAACGACGGACCCGAAACAUCAACGAGGAGCACCAGCUUCACGGCACGGACCGAUCGCUACAUGUUCCGACACGGAUCGUCCUAGAUGAAACUGUUAUCCCGAAACGUUACGCUCGUGUUUUACUACACGCGAUCUAUCUAGAUACUGUGGACCUGUCGUUGAUCUUACGCGGAAAUGGUUGUGGUAACGGAGCGGGAAGUCUCGGAGAAGUGCAGGCUCUUACUCACACGGGUCGUACCCGGCCGUCACCACUGGAGGAGGCCAUGGAACUGUAUCAGAUCGGGCGGUUCCUCGAGUUGGACAUUCUGGCCCAGGGUUGCGAAGACUUGAUCCUCGAAUGGCUAACUCUGGACACGUUGGCCACUGUUCUGCGCUGGGGUGGACAACCGCACGGAUCCGCCUGGGUGUAUCGCCAAGCUUGCCAUUACUUGCGCGAGGAGUUCUCGGCUAUUGUCGGUUCUCCGGUACUGUUUCAACUGGACAAGUCACAAUUGAUCGAGGCUCUUCAGAACAACUUUCUGCAAGCGUCGGAGCUGGAGGUGCUGCAGUCCGUGCUGAAGUGGGGCGAGCAGGAGCUGAUCCGACGGAUGGAAGACCGGGAGCCGAAUUUGUUGAGUCACACGGCGCACUCGGUAACCCGAAAGGGCAUCAAAAAGCGAGACUUGAGCGAUGUGGAGCUGAGGGAGAUCCUGUCGGAGUUGCUUCCGCAUGUUCGUAUGGAUCACGUACUACCGCCCAGCAACGAGAUCCUGAACCAGGCGAUUCGACGAGGCUUAGUUAGUACUCCGCCGUCGCACAUGAUCGGAGACGAUCGCGAGAGUUUGAGGAUCAAUGCGUGGAUCAGAGGCGGAAAAAACCAUGGUUUGUUUGUGCGUCCUCGGUUGUUCAUGCCGUACUACGAGGAGGUUAAGGUGCUGCUGGAGGAUCACAUUGCGUCGCAGCAGAUCGAGAUGUUGCGCAUGCGACGAUCGCGCCACAUGCCCGACAUUCCGGACACGUUGUACAUGGUGUCCCGACUUAAUAGCAAUACUAGUGGGAACAUGGGAGGCGGAGGUACGGCAGGGGUGGAUGUUGUCGCAGCAGCGGCCGCAUCGAUUCCGGCACCCGAUCCAAGCGCCAUGGAAGCCAUGCAAAAGAGGGAACAAAAGCUUAGACAAGCACCGAGCUGCCAACGAGCGUUGACGCUUCCGUUGUCAAGCCGGAACGAGAUCAACCGUCAGAUCCGGUUGAGGGUAGUGCGGGAGUUCAACUUCCCGGAUGAGGUGGCAGAGCUGCUGGAGAACUCCAACUGCUACUGCUUGGAUGCGGAUGGCUCAACGCCGAAAGCUCAGGGCGACGAUAUCCACGCGAGCAAUCAAUCACUGGACGAGGACACAACCCCGCCACCUUCGCCGGCACUGCCAAGUGAUAUUAUUCCACAGAACGUUGCUUGCUUCGGGCGCAACAUGACAUUCCCCCGGCAGCAACCUCAACCACCGCCACAAGUGAUUCCACAUGGAGCCGGAGGAGGAGGAGACUUGGGUGGUGGAAUGGGAGGGAGACUGCACCAUCCGUCGGGAAGUAUGCUCGGACCGAGUUCAAGUAUUAUAGGUACCCAUCGACGCCAGGAACUGCCAUCGUUGAUCCCCGGGGGAGAUGUGGUCGCAUAUCGGCUGUCGGCACCGGCCGGGGAUCAUUCGGGAGAUCAGGCCGGAGCCUGUUCCGAAGGACACCUUUCGGAUAUAAUGCCGGACGUGGCCAUGGCAACGGCUUCCAUGGGGCAGCUACAACUAGGCAGCGGCGAUAUGCCCGAGAGUCUUCAUCUGGAUCUGGGCGACGGACCAAGUCACAUGAUCGGAGCUGCUGGAUCUCUAGGAUUACAUAAUCUUCCGCAUCAUCGAAUGGCGACCCCUUCGCCGAGCAAUUUCCACCACUACAUGACCCGGAGUCAUCCGCCGUCCAGUUCCCUGGGUAGCAGCAGUGGUCAUGGCGGCGAUGGUCCAUCCGAUCGAGGUAUGAUGGGCGGCGGAAGGCUACCCGUAUCCCUCGGUGGAUCAUCCCAGUCAGGUCAACCGGGAGUAUCCGGGGCGGGGGCAGGAGGAUCUUCGUCAUCGUACUCGCAGCGUUCCAACUCACCGUACACCUUACACCGAGCGAGUCCGGGCCUGCCGCACAGCUCAUAUCACACCGGCCCCCGGUUAUAGAGACGGCUGCAUGUAUUUCCCGAUAAACGUCAGCUGUUCAGUAUGCCUUUCUGAAAGGAGCACACUGGAGGAAGAUUCGGAGCGGGUGGGAGUGCGUGCGAUUGUCUGUCUGUACGUAGUAUGUGUGUAUGCGACGGAAAGCUAUCGAGUGCGACAUGGCACGUUAAGGUUUAGUUAAACGAAUUAACUAAAUUAAAAACACAAGUAGCAGAAAAAAAAAACAAAAAGAAAUACAAACUACUACACAGUAAAGAAGAAAGGCAAUUCAUUGCAACAAAUACAUAGAUAUUUGAAUUAAGAGUUAAGUAUUUCAUUAAUGAACUCCAGAGAAAAAAAAAACAACACUAAAAGGCAAGGAUAAAAAAGUAAUAAUAGUACUAAAAUAAACACAAAACAAAACAGUAAGAAUAAUAAUCGAAGACUUUUAUAUUUAACAAAAAAAAACUACAAAACAAGCAUAGGAUCAAACCCACAGAAUACAAGUCGACGGAGUAAACGUGAAGUGAAUUGAUAGCAAAACAGAGGAAUGAGGCAAAUACACACACAAACAACGGGAGAAGCGAUAAACAACGGUUUGUGUGCAGUGGUGUGUGUGCAAUCAAGUUUGUGGCAUUCGAAGCGAAGCGAGGCACACGACGCACACACACUCGGAUGAAUGACCAAACGAUCGAGUGCGUAGAUCAACCCGAACAUAAAAAAAAACAAUCGUGCGGCGGAUUUUCCCUUGUUUUAGAAACUAGCAGGGCCGUGCCUUUAAUUUAUUCUCCUUUUAAUUUUUAGCCAAGUUCGGCAUCCCUCCUCACUUCCUUUCGGAUGAUCCCCGCAGCCUCCCGAUGGAGACGGUAUGAUAAUCAGAUGUUUUUUUUAAUGAGAUGAAGUUUUAACGCUAUUUAUUUAUGCUUUUUUUUUCGCGAUCUGUUUUUUUUAUAUUACACUAGGUUAUGUAGGACAUUUUUUCUCAAUUGGGAAACAAGGCAAACAACAAUAAAAAUAGCAAGGGUUAUUACGAUUAUGUUGAGAUUAGGUUCCCCUUGUUUCCGCGUUAUAUACGGCGACGGUAGACGUAGUAAAAAGGAAAAUCUGAAUGAAUGAGUAAAAUGUGAGAGAGCGGGAAAUGAGUCAAGAAAAAAUAAUUUCAUGUUUUCGAAUAUUCGUAACAUCAAGAAGAAAAGAAAGAUGCAUCGUACGUGUAUGUAAAAUGACUUAUUAUUACUAAUAAUCGAGAGAAAGUUUCAAUCCAGCAAAAAACGACAUACUGACUUUACUAGGUGACAGCACUAUGUGACCAACAAUCGGUUUGGAAAAUGUUUCAAAUCAUUCUGUGGAUAUUCAAACGCGGGAACACAGGACACGUUGCAGUAUUUAUGAAGCAGGUUUUACUCCCGGUCAGCAUACCAAAUGUGGAUGCUACGCUUCGAACGCUAUAUGGUUGUCAAACAUGUUGAAUGGGUUGCUUUUUGAGCAGAUUACAAGAACUUUCGAUCUCAGACACGAUUCUCAAAUUCGAUCUGGUGGUUCGAAACUUCGUAAACGAUCUUUGUCCUUAUCCUUUGUAAUAGGCUCCUAAAGGCCUAUCUCAAUUUCUGCAUAAUUCGAUCAAGCAUUGAUUAAAAUGACAUGUUUACUCAUUUUUUAAGUAUUCCUAUUAGGUAAAGCCCAUAAAAUAUAUUUUCAAAAAUUUUAAUAAUUUUUGCAACACUCCUUGUUUAGCACUUAAUUUUGGGUAAAUUUUGUUUACCGUGUAUGUCAAACAGGAACAUGUCAAAAGUGAGCCAAUGUGGUGUCUUUUGCAACCCGCCGUUUCACUUUCGUUACGUCAAGGUUGACCUCGAAUGUCAAACAAGACUUGCUCAUCAUUAUUUUAUUUUCGAGUUUAUUAACUAUUCUGUUAUUGUUCAAGUUCGGAAAAAUUACCAUUGAGAUCAGAAAACCAAGCUCUUUCGUGUUAUGCACCAAAAGCGCGAAAAUAUUUUUCAUUUUAGGACCCUAUUGUCUCAAAAUCUUUAGCGAAACUGCUCAAUGAAGAAUUACAAUAUUGCACCUUCUUCACAUUGCUCCUCGUUAUUUUUAUCGCUAUAUUGUCAUUUUGUCAUCACUGUGUUUGUGGUGAGAUAGCUGUUUACAAUCAUAUUUUCCAAGCAACAAUGAAAGCUGAAUAACAGCUUAUUCAACCAAAAGUCCGUUGUCUAGUGCCGUACUUCCUUCAAAGAGCGAAUAGCUCACUGGGAGCAUUGAACGUGUCCGUGUCAUAAAAAAAUAAUGUAAGCCUUUUUUUCGGGGAAACGACCGAUCAUUUGGGGAAUAUUGCAUUUGAGAAGCCAGCGUUCGGAUAAACCAAAUUCGGAGCUUGUUAUUCCGGGAAAAGCAGCACAAUCGCUAGUUUUCGCACUGUCUCAAAUAUCGCCUCAUGGGUACAAUUUAUGUACUACGUCCCACUACUACUUGUUAGCCGCUUCAGUAUUUUAGAUGUAGUCGUUAAUCAAACUACUCUGUUUGACGCACGGUGUAUAACAUUUAAAAGGUGACAGUUUUUUGAUAAUUCAAAUCGUUCAAGGGCGUGAACAAAAAAAAAAUCUAGUACUCCACUUCAAUUUGAUCAACGUAAAAGAACGGUUCUUAUCGUCACAUGUUUACGUUCAAAAUUGAUAUGUACAAAGGUUAAUAGCCUGCCUUGUGAUCUCGUAUAGGGCACUGCAUUGUUUUGAUUUUGUAUAAGAUUUUGACGUUUCUUGGCCUUGUUGUUUACAAAAUUUCUGUAAGAGUGAAAGAGAAAGAGAUAAUUUCAUGCAGUGCCCUAUACCGUGUGUUUGACGAUUAUUAGGGUAGUGGAAAAUUUCAUUAUAAGAAACCUAAGACUAGGUACUACGAUUAAUAAUGCGCCGGAAUGGACGUGUGGCUCCUACUCAUUUACUCCUCGGAAAAAUCCGGACGCAAUCCGAUCUCGCAACGCAGCUUCUCCAAUCUCGAACUCGCUGAAGAGGUUUCGUCAGCAUAUCUGCAAGCAACGAUUCCGCCGGACAAUAUCGUAGACCCACCUUCCUUAAACUAUGGAUCGCGACCCACCAGCCCCAUAAGAAAUACACGCAUCGGUAAAGAAGUUUGAGAAAGGCUAUCAUAGAUUGAAGAUUUUCUUCUCUUGUAGAUCAAAAACGAAGAAGUACUAGAUUUCGAUAUGCUUGCUGCGCCGCUCGAUUUUGUCGUUCUCCACCAGCUUGAUACAUCUCUGGUUGCCCUCGAGUAUUAUUGUUGGACGCUGAGCUUUUCCGAUCUCCUCAAGCAAUCUUCUGGUCCAGCAAAGCAGUUAGCAUCAUUCGGAUAGGGCAACGAAUUCCGCUUUGGCAGAACUCAGUGCCACGCAAUUUCGCUUGCAGAAUCUCCACGCAACUACGCCGCCGCUAAAUAACAGCAUGUGACAGGAGUUAGAUCUCGGAUCGCGGUAGUUUCCUUACCAGUCAGGAUCAACGAACAAUUGUGGUGGACUGGUGGCGCAGAGCCCGUUUUGCCUCGUUCCAAUCUUGUUGAUUUGGACAGCUCGAUUUCUGCGCCAGGAUGGACGUACUGACAGCGAUAUCUGGCCUCGUCUGAACCGCUACGUACAGCAGACCGUCGAUCAGACUCAGAUAAUCCUUGUUAUCUGGCAGCGGAUCCAUCUUCUCCUUAUGCUGGAAAUAGUCCGAGUCCAGAGGGGUCUUCGAUGGUUUCACAUUCUCCAUGUUGAACUGUCGAAAGAGCUUCCGGAUGUACGCCGGUUGGUUCAGCUUGUACCCGGCUUCGCCUUUCUCUACCUCGAUUCCCAGGAAGUGACGGAUAUCACCGAGAUUUGACACGGUGAAAUUUGCUUAAAGACUCUUCAAGAUUGCCUUGAACUCCUCCUCGGUCUGGGUAACGAUCAGCAUAUCAUCGACGUAAAUGAGAAUGUAAGCAGUCUUGCUGUUCCUCCUGAAAUGUACAGGCACGGAACCAGCUUGGAUUGUUCAAACUCCAUGGCCUUGAAAACGGAAUCCACCUUCCUAUUCCAAACGCGAGCGGACUGCAGUACAUACAGGGUCCUCCUUAAAUUACACACGGUGCUGUCAUCACCGGUAGCGUACAAAUCCGGCUGCCGCAAGUAAAUUGUUUCCUCCAGUUCGCCAUUCAGAUACGCAGUCUUGACGUCGACGUGCUUAACAAUGGAUUUCCUCUGGCUAGCGACCGGCAGCAACGUCCGGAAGUCACUUGCUUUGUCACCGGAACGAAGACUACCGUCGUAAUCGGUGCCAUACUUCUGGGUAAAGCCUUGCGUUACGAUUCUCGCCUUGUCUCGGACGACGACUCCUUUCUCAUCGACCUUCGUUUUGAACAGCCAUUUGCGUCUAAUAGCUUUCUCGUUCGGAGGAAGUUGGACCAGUUCCUACUUCUCGUUGUCAGCUUCUACGUCCCGUUCGGCUAACCUAUUUUGCUACAGCGUGUACUCAGUCGAAGCUUGAUUCUGGAUUCCGAACUUCCUCAAGCGUUUGCCUCUCCGCGAGGUUGUGAAACUGGCUGAAGGCGUUCAACAGCUCAGUUUUGGACUUCUGCUCGGAACAAGUAGAUGGAUACCCUCCGCGUCUUGUCGUCGGUGAAAGACACGUAGUAUCUGCUUCCACCUAGUGACGCUUCCUCCAUGGGACCACAUACGCACGGAGAAAAAUAUAAAGUUAUGUCAAUCAUAUUUCGGUCGCGAACAAGCAUAUUUGUGCACUGACUUUUAUAUAAUCCCUUUUUGAGAUUGAAUCACGCAUAAUAUCAUCGGACGAAGCAUAACAGAAGCUUGAAUUGACCAAAAUUGGUGAAUUGAUUGGAGCAAGAAAUAUGGUUGGCUUAAUCAUAUUAUGCGUCCACCAACAAUAUUUAUUGUUGAUAGUUUGACAGCUCAUUCAUUCUCAUGGUAUAUCCAAGCAUGUUUAUGCUUUACACAACUUUACACUUGAAGUUUAAACGAACUGUAUCAGAAGGUUGUUUUAAGCUGUUUUAAGCAUACACAAAACAUGUUCAAAUGAGGUUAAAUUUAGGAGAAACAAUUCUAUAAUGGUGGUAUUUUAGUUCAUUAUGUUCAAUUUGUAACAUAUUGUACUAAAUACCACCAUUAUAGAAACGUUUAAUUAUCAAAAAUUUCUCUUGCACGUUCUUUAUUUACCUUAAAAAUUUGAAAUAAUAACAAACUCAAGCACGUAACAAAAAACUUCAUCACUGUCGUCGAUUCUUUUACAGUCCCAUCCAUGCUUUCCGCUGGCUGGUGAAGACACUGGGAACAGGUCGCUGGACAGGUGGAACACGCAAAAAUUUUUCUGUACCAACGGAGCCCGGGGUUCUCUUGCCCGAACCGGGUGAUCCUAACAGUAUGGCGUACAUUCCGGUUGCUGGUUCUUGUUCCGGUCUCGGUGUUACGGAUGCCGCUUAUUUUUUGGUCAUUUUUCGAUUGGUGGUGUACGGUAACAAACUGCAUCUGGAAAAAACAACACAGACUCAUGCUGGAGAAUUUUUACACCCCAUUACCGGGGGCACACUUACCUGUAGUUGAAAUGACUGAAUCCUCAAGUAAUUUGAAUAUAAUAAAAACAGAGCGCACUUCUUCUGGUUACAGAGGCAGGCAAGGAACGAUUUUAAAAUUGUUACAAUGAAACGACAAUGCCACCGUUCUCACUAUGAACUACCGCCGCCAUGAUGAACAAUGAGCAGCCAGGCAAGAGGCUCGGUCAACAUGGGUUCAAGUAAUGACAUUUAUGCUUGGUUUAAGCAUUUGAUGGUUGGUGUUCAAUGGUGUUGAUUUAAAUGAAACAUAUGCUUGAUGUAGACAUCAAAUCAUUAUGAAUCAACCAAUUGAAGCAAUUAUGCCAAGCAUAUCUUCGAAGUUUGAGUGAACUAUGGAAAAAGUUAUAUUAAUCAAACAGCAUUUCUGUCCGUGCGUCCGUGUGAACUUGUUCCAGGACCUCGUUCGCUCGCCGCCCCUUCUUGGGAAAUGGUAGACGAAACUGAUUUACUUUGGCACAAUUCACACAGUUUUCCACUGACGAUUACUUGAAGUGCACUUCAAAGAUCAGGCCAUUUUUCAACUUGUUGAAACUGUGCACGUUGAGGUGGCCCAUCCGCCUAUGCCAGACAUCCAGAUCUUCGGGUGGGAAUGUGAGUGACCGCUCCACGGUCUUUGUGCCCCUGAAACAUAAACAAUCCGUUGCUCACGUCGUGGCUUCCAGUUACGAUGCCCUCUCCUUGCGGGUCUAUUACCGCCACGCCUUGAUUAGUGAAAUUCACUUCCUUGCCGCGUUGAACAAUCUGACCUACCGAUAGCAUAUUGUGGGACAUCGUAGGAACGAGCUUCACGUGUUGACAGUGAUGCGAUUUUCAGGCUAACACUUCGGCUUCAAACGCGCGGAACUCAAGCGGAACCGGUAGCUACGAUGUCGUGUAGGGAUUAACACAAAAGGCCGAAUCACGAAAGGCCGAACCACGAAAGGCCGAAUCACAAAAGGACGAAACCAGUGUAACUACCACAUAAGGCCGAAAGCACAAAAGGCCGAAUCACGAAAGGCCGAAGGUAAUGAAAGGCCGAAUGUAACAUAAGGCCGAAGGCAACGAAAGGCCGAAUGUCACGAAAGGCCGAAGGUAACGAAAGGCCGAAUGUAACAAAAGGCCGAAAGUAACGAAAGGCCGAAUCAUGAAAGACGCAUAUUAACUCGGUUUCCGUUUAGUUAAAUGCUCUAUCUAUUAAAAGAAUGUAUAGGGUUGCUUAAGUAUUUUAUAACCUCAAAUUAGAUAGUUUUAGUAGUCCCACUCCAACGAAAAAUGCACACAAAUGUGAAUCAUGCGGCGUAGCCGCAUGGAGGAUUGAGGAACUGAGGCGGCAGAAGGCCGCCGAAGUAUCCGAUAUCCGAGGCACCGGAUUUGCAUCGAUUCGAAUUCAAGGAAAACAGUAGUUCCAAUAGUUUGCUAGGUAUAAUGCGAACAGAAGUUGUUAUCUUUUUUUAAGUCCGACGAGCGUCAGCGAGUGCGGACAGCAAGCGUUUCUCCGAUAUUGCGGCGCUCAUAAUAAAUCCACAUUGGGCGGCGGCAAUAUGCCCGCGAGGAGAUGCCCGCGAUACAGACGCAAUGUCAAAAUCGAACAGAUACUGUCACCCACCCAGCAGCAUCGCAGCAGCCUUCAGGCCGUUCAUAUCAAAACAAAAGUUAACACAAUGGCAACUCAGGUGGCCAGAAAUCGUAAUAAUAUUUAUCGCGACAUUGAUUCACUUAUAUGCAUACGCAUCACCUCGUCGGCUUUGUGUUUAAUAAUCGGGAAGUUAUUUAGUGAUGCUGCAGGGGGAUACGGCUUCAUCUUUUCCAUUUCCACAUUGCGUCUGUAUCGCGUGUAUCUCCUCGCGGCCAUAUCGCCGCAGCCUAUUGUGGAUUUGAUAUAAGCGCCGCAUGUAGAAUUUCUGACCAUCAGGUCGCUCAUAGUGGUGCGGUCAUAUUUUUGCAACUUGAUGGAAAAGAAGAAGACUAACGCGUUUCGCGGAUUUAUCUUGCAAGGCACAAUAUAUAGCAAACGUAGUUGUUCGGUCAGUUAUUUGCCCUUUAUAUCAUUAUUUGCUGCCGUUAUAAGCAUAUUAUGCCAUGUUCUGUUUUAUUAAAUAUUACUAUGUCACCUUUGUAGACAACAGUGCAGACAAUUUCCAAACAGAUUUGAGUAGAAUGAAUUAAAUUUGAACAAUAUUUAUCUGUUUAUAGAUUGUUACAGAUACAAUUGGUAAAAGUACAUAACGGAAAGGAAAGGGUUAAGUAAAUAGAAUGAUUACUUUUGUAAUUCGGCCUUCCGUUGCUUUCGGCCUUUCGUUACAUUCGGCCUUUCGUUACAUUCGGCCUUUCGUUCCCUUCGGCCUUUCGUGCUUCGGCCUUUUGUUACCUUCGGCCUUUCGUGCUUUCGGCCUUUUGUGAUUCGGCCUUUUGUGAUUCGGCCUUUCGUGAUUCGGCCUUUCGUAGUAGUCCCGUCGUGUACGAUGUUCAUGGCUCUUUUGUGCACCCGAAACCGGUCGACAACAAAGGUAAUUUUAACCCUUUGACGAUUGUUAAAACGAUAAGUGUUAUGUCUUGUCUCGCGUGUCGCGUCUUGUGAAUGUCGGACUCCUACUCAUUCCGACAGAAUCAUACACAAGCGUCGUCGUCGUCGAUCGUUUUUUCACGACACAGACACGGGAAGACGUGCUGGAAUCGAAAAUCAACUCGUCACGAUGAUGGAAUGCCGAGAAUCGAACUUUUCUUCGGUGCUUGAUGCCCGCCUCUGUGAUAUCCACUUGAUUUUACUCUAGCUUCCCACUGGUACUCCGAGGCGUAAUUACCCGGCUGGUUACACCGGAAACACUACACGUGGCUCUGGUUUGGUUUUGUGACUUCGCUGUGGGUUGGUCAUAGAACGCUUCGACUCACUUCGUCGUUAGGUCACUUCAUGCUUUGCAAAAACUUUGCACGUAUCAUAUCCCCUGUUAAAAUACAUGUCAUCUGGAUCCCAGAUGAUUCCAGACCCAUGAUCAUAGGCUCGUAUUUUUUCAGCAAGCCUAUCAGCUGAGUGCUUGACAUCCACCGAUCGUUUACCUCAAACCCAUUCUGCGCCAGUUCGUGGCUAGUGCCGAAAUAUUCCGAACUCUCGAAUGUAUCCGCUGUACUGGAAUGUAGCGUUCACUGUUGGCGACCUACUGAUGCCUCCUUGGCUGUUGCGGUAUUCUAGACAACGCUGUAUUUCGUCGGAAGGUUGCUAGCACAUAGCAUAGCAUGAAUACUUGCACAAAUCUUGGGUGGAUCGCUACUAUCUAUAAUAUCAUAGACCCACUCAACUCCACACACCUGGCCAAGUCCUUGCAAACUUUUUUAUUUUAUUAACACAAUCAUCAACUUAGAAAGAGACCAGAACUGAAGCAGCUUCCAAUACACUCUAAAGAAUUUUCACGUCCGAUUUACGUGAAAUAUCACGUAGCUCAUCCUUAUUCUCAAAAUCUCAAAAGUUGCGUGAUGUCAGUAACUAUCACUCGAAAACCACGUCGUGUGCACCGCCCUGUUUGGUUAAAUCCACCUUAUUUUCACGUAAAUCGUUUCAAUGCGUUUGUGUUGGUGUACUUCCGACUUGGAAGUUUCCGCGAAACGAAAGUUACGUGAAUUUUCAGGUGUGAAAAAACAGUUCAAUAUGGCGUCGAGAAGUAGGUUGGCGAAAGAACUGGAUGCUGAGUUUCUGUGCAAGUUGCUGCAAAUAAUAUUGAGGUAAUUUAAUAAUUAUUUAUUAUAAGCAGUUGUGUAUUUUUCUAUUUUCAAUCAUUUCAGGAGCUGGAAUAGGUGUCUGACGGUAUCGGAGGUCCAGUUCAACGGUGUUUGAAACGGCUGGACUUCGAAAAUUCUGCGUUAGAACCCCGAGAUUUGGUUUGUGUUAUCUAAUCACAGACGAUUAGAAAAAUAUGUGGAUGUAUUAGUUUGUAUGUAGGUGUAGGGUAAAUGAUGAUGGUUGGACCAGGUUGUGGUGUUUUACUACAUGGUCGAAAUAUAAGUCGUUUUUCCCCUAUGAUCAUAGUAUUUUUCAAUAAUAAACUAAAGGUUGGUGGAAAGCUCUACUAUUCUAGUUUCUGAAACGUACAUCAAUUUGAUCUUUUACUUGAUAUUUCACUAUAAAAAUCGUUUUUAUUUAACAGACAAUUUUGAUUUUGGUUGGACCAAUGCCGAUUAUGGUUGGACCAGUACAUUGAUAAUGGUUGGACCACACGGUGUCUUUGAUAGAAGAAUGUUACUUUAAAAAAAAUCAGUAUCGUUAAGUCACUCACCAAAUUAAAAGAACAUACAUAAGAACAUUGUUUCCCAGAAAGUGAAUUAAAUAUCAAUACCAUUUGGUUAUUCUGGCACGUGCGUAUAAGGUGAAGAUAUGACGAAGCCACACCUAAAACUUUCAAGAGCACAAAUCUGAAGAACCAAAUGUUGGUUUCCGCUGAAAAGUUGAUCGAUUUGUUACCUGCUGGUAGUGACAAAUCUAUCAACAUUUCAGAGCAAACCGACAUUUGGUUCUUCAGAUUUGUGAGCUUGAAAAUUCGGGUGUGGCUUCGUCAUAUCUUCAACUUAAAAGAUUUUUAUCCUCUAAGGUAGAACGGAAUAAAUGUGUAAGACCGAUGUUUUAUAAAGAUAGAUACAGUGAAAGGAAACAAGACAAUAUGUAUUUUGUAUAUUAUUGUUUUUAUUUUAUAGUAUUCUUUUAACAAGGUCUGCUCAAAAUACACGUAGCAUCUAGCACCUAGCGUUGCAUUGUUCCCAAAGCCUGAAAAGUCAUUGUACAAGAUAAGAAGUUGCUGCUAAUGUCACCUUCCCACGAUGCAACGGACAAAGUACAUUCCCGUGCAUUAAUUUCUGUAUCAACUUAAGGCUUGACUUCCGGGUUGCGCUAAAGCUUGGUCAGCAGGGCAGUGCUUCUCACCACUGCCGGAACAUUUGGAUUGCAUCCCUUAGCAACUCGGUUAGUGAGACGUUUCGCAUCAGGGAUACUUGUGUUCUUCUCGUCGUAGUUUUGUAAUCCGGACCGGAGUCGUCGAAGAUGCGAAGUGAGCUCCACCGCCUUUAUUUGACAGAACCUUGUAGGUAGACAUUCGGUUCUUUCCGCCACGUUUUCCCUGAUAGUGCAUCCCCAAGUGCAGCCGUCCACUUUCCUGGUGCUGGCACUAGAAGCGGCCGAAUUUCAGCUUGGAUAAUAACUGCGUUGGGGUGUCGUUUGAUAUCCGUCCGAUGGAAUCACGCAAUUGAUAAUUUAUCACUGUUUAUUUACUACAUGACCUGUGUCCUUUCAUUGCGAGCUAAAUUAGUCCAGCGCACAACUAACGAUACCGUUCAAGGAUGCAGUUCAACAAUCUUUUCAGCUUUGAAGCUUUCGACGCGUAAAAUGAACUGUAAACAAACAGAGCUGGUCUUAGCAACCAACAUGGUAACGGUUUGGUCGAACCAAUAUCAUUCGCUGGUCCAACCAUGAUAAUAUUCAGUUGGUCCUAAAUCGCUAAUUAUUUAUAUUUUCAAUAGAAAAUGAUAUAUUUUUAAUUUUCUAGCAUAAAGUUUACACAUUUUCGCAUUAGUAUAUAGCAAACAUUUUAUUAGUUUUAAAGAAAAUAGAACUCCUGUGAAUGUGACAAUUCGAGUUAUCUAGGUGUCCCAAUUGUGCUCAAACUGAUCCCUGACAAAAUUCCAAAUAAUAUAAAAGAUUUAAAAAAAUUUUAAUGAAAGUCGAUGUAAUUUUAAUCAAAAAAAGAAUAUGCUAUAAAAGUAAGAAGAUAUACGGUACAAGUUUCGAAAAAAUAUAGGUUAUAUCAGCUUUUUUUCAAGUUGGUCCAACCAUUAUCAGUUUUUUGGUUGGUCCAACCAUCAUCAUUUACCCUACAUUUAUUAAUUAUUCCAAAAUAAAAAAAAACUAAUUAGGAUUUUUCUUCGUUACAUAUUGGUACAGUAGACGUUCGAUAACUGCAACAUGUUUACGUUUCACUUACCGAAUGAAAUUCGAUAACUGCAACAACUGACAGACGUCAAAGAACUGUCAGUUGCUGCAGAAUGCAGUCAAUGUGCAUACGUAAAACAUCGCAUUGCAGCAAAAGUGCAUGCGAAAAACAUCGCAUCGCUGUUUACAUUUCAUUUUGACGGAUAGCGGUGCGAUAACUGCAAAAUUGUUGCACUUAGCGGACUUGCAGUUAAAAAUCAUUGCAGUUAAAGCGUUUGCACCGAGCGAACGUCUACUGUACCAGCUUGUAGCGUAUUUGAGGAGGCAAGAGUUUUCAAAUCACCACAAAAUGAAACGACAUAUUUAUUAACCGCGAGGCUUUUGCUUUUAAUGCUUUUUCCUCGGCUUUUUAAUUGCAUUUUGGAAGGAUUUAAAAUCUCUUGCCUCUUCAAAUAUGUUGCAGGUUGGUGCAGCUGCUUUAUUUUCAUUCAAAAACAUGAAUAAAUUACGUGAAGUUCGUGUAGAACUAAUCAUGAUUUCACGUAAAAUUUACCUAAGAUUCCAGUAGCUCUCACCCACAUUUCACGUAAACGAUGCACAAAAUUCAUGUCAAAUUUACCUGAAUCAUCACGUCGAUUACCCAAUCUCAAAUGAGCCCAGCUACCUGAAAUUCCGGCGAAGGUUACGUGAAAAAUAUGGUGGACGAAAAUUACCUAUCUUUUCACGUAAAUCGGACGUGAAAAUUUUUCAGAGUGUAGAUGAACGGAUAUUGAAAAUAGCGAAUUUUCAAUUUAUAUGUAUUUAGUUAUGUACAAAGAAUGUAAUCAGAAAGAUCUCACCUAGUUCCAUCGUGGCGUAGCCAACUGACUCUAGCGAGGCUGACGAGAGACGGAACUGCUGACGGAAGUUGUGCAGUUAUUGUUCAUCCGUGGAUCCCCUUGUUGCAAAACGAUAUUUCUGACGCCCAUCCGGUGACCUGAUGUUGAUAACUGGAUCAAUUUGUGACGUCUUUUUUUUUCGAAGGCGACGUUUUGGUGAGUGAUGUACAUGCUACCAAAUGACCAAAUGGCGCAGCAACCACUAACGAUGAAAACACCUUAUAAUUUUUCCUUCCGCCGAUAGUUUCAAACACGAAACAUCAACAAUCCAAACUGAACCCGGCACUAAAAGCGUCACUAAUUACGAAACUCGCAGCAUUUAUUCCAAUGAACUCUAUCGAUCAAUGCGGAUUCUUCACGCAUUCUCAGCUUUUUUUCGUGACCGGGGACGGUUGGUGAAACGCUGACCCAACUACCGACGUAAAAGUACACACAUAAUUGAAGAAAAAUUGAACGCAUGACUGAGAACAGAGUUCAUAGAAUAAGGGAAACGUGGCAGAUACUUGACGGGGUCUACUUCUCACUCGCACAACAGCUGUCCGGGUGGCGUAGUGCCGCACAGAGCACUAGAGGAAACGCAGAAGAAACCAAAAAAGAAGUUCGAAAAGAAUUGUUAUAAAAUAGAAAAAAAAUACAAACAGUUGGUGGCAAUAUAGUUGCCACUGCCUUAUAAAGGGUUAAGGACGCAACCAUUUCGUCAGAGUUUUUGUCUGAGCUUCCAAACUUGUUUCGAACUAUACAUCUGGAGAUCUAACCAUUUUAUAUAAGUGAAACAUGAGUGUUACCUAUUAUAAGGCAUCUCUAUUUUUUACCAUAAAAUAACAGAUGGCGAUACUGUUUGUUUACUUUUUCAUAUCGCUCCUCUACCGUCAGUUUAUUUAGGAUGUUGGCGGUUUUGCCCUACUCGCUUUAGGCUAAAAUUAACACCAACAAUGAAAAAGCCGUAAUAACCAUAAAACGUCUCUACCAAUCGCUUCAUAUAGAAUGAGCCUGAUUGACCACCCGUAGAUGCUACUCCAGUAUCGCCAGACCAACUACACUCACACAAGGAAUGAGAUAGGUGCUUUGGACUAGUGAGUGAGUGUUGGUAAUCCUCUAUUUUUAUGGCUAAAAUGACGCAUGUUACGUCAGUUUGCAGGUCCAUGUGAAGUGAUGAUUGCAAUCGCUAGCCCACGGCAGACCGUAUUGCGUAUAAACCAUUGCGACUGUCCCUGCACACCCAGUCAACCAGUGAUCGUAUUAGAUAUUGAAUAGCGAUAUGCAUACAUUUUACAUGCGCCUAAAUGGAGGCAUGCAUGCAUAUGGCCUCCACUUUAUCAUCUUAUGCAACAUCCUAUACGAUUACUGGUUGUCUUGGCAAGUUCAUGCGGAUGCAGGAGUAGGGAAAUGGUUAUUUGGCAGAAGGUUUACGUUUGGUGAGUGGGUGCCAGGCGUAAAGUGACCUACCGCAAAAUCCUUUAAGGGUUUCAAUAAUAGUACAUUUCACGGAUAAUUUUGUUCUAUAGGAAUUUUAUAUCUCCAUUGUUUUACACUGAAACACAACGUCAGUCAAGCUAAGCAAUAACGGCACAUAAACCGAAUAGUAAACAUCUCGCAUUUCCAAACUGAUUGUUGAUCGCAAGGACCCAGACAGACAAAAACGACUGCAAAGACGGACAACCGAAUUCCGUACAUACAAUAUAAUUACCACAAUUGAACAAGUGAAACAAAAACACGGAAGAAAACAAAGAAAAAGCGACAAACAACAUGAUUAUAAUUAGUAAUAACAGUUAGUGAAAACAAAAUAAACACAAAACAAUGGAUAACUCUGAUAACGGAAGAGAAGCGACGAGAGAAGCGAAAAAAUAAGAUGCGAUAACACCCGGAACGGAACGUGAAGUGAAAAUCGUAAAUGCGAGUCGAGAGUCGAGAUAAAUGAAACCAAUUCCGAGAGUCGUCAAACCGAAUGAAAAUAUCAGAAAUAAAGAUUAUUUUAAAAAUUA